GUCCAAACGCCGGACGAUGUGGGGGUGGGGUACGGGUGCAAAGUGAAGUGAAAUGAAAUCGUGUUUCAGACAUGACAUGUGACCCCUUUGCCCUCUCUUUCUUGCCCUCACAACCACCAUCAUCAUCCAGCCCAAAGCUUACGCCAUGCUCGCUCGAGCGAUCAGGCCCACAUCUCUGGCUUCACGCGGCCUCACACGCUCUAGCGCCACAUCCAGCCUUCGCAGCAUCAACACAGCCGCGCAAUCGGCGCCUACGCCCGCGUCGAGUGGCUCAAUAGCAGACGUCUUCGCAACCCUCUCUGGCGGCUCACUCGAAGAUGCUCUCCCCCCACGCUUCUCCCAGCUCAAACGCCAGAUAGUGAAUAGCGAGCCGGGCUUUCAAGCUCACCUUGAGCAGUCAUGGCGUACAUUACUACCGCGUCUCUCCUCGGAGCUAGACGACAUCUCACGUCUGCAGCAGCAAGUCUUCCCUAGCAUCGAAGCAGGGCAGGAGCUCGACCCUUCUGCAGUGGCCGAGGUCAAGAAAAGGGGGGUCGUAGUAGUCCGGAACGUCGUCCCUUCCUCUCAAGCUCUCGAGUGGAAAGACUCGAUCCGUCGCUACGCCUCCUCCAACCAUGCCACGGGAUUCCCAGCCGAUGAUCCUCAGGUGUACGAGCUCUACUGGUCACGCGCUCAAGUGGCCGCUCGCUCCCAUUCGGAGGUGUUGAGGGCCUCGAGAGAGAUGCUCAAGAUGUGGCAUCGUCCUGCAGGAGAGGAGGAGGGGGAGGAGCUGGGAGUGGAACAGUUGGCUGAUAUGGAGACGCCGUUGUGUUAUGCUGACAGGCUGAGGAUACGACAUCCGGGUGAUGCCAAGUUUGCCCUAGGCCCACACAUCGAUGGUGGAGGAGUGGAGAGGUGGGAGGACCCAACCUUCCUCUCCAUCUGGCGGGACAUUCUCUCCCCUCGCGGCCAAGGGUGGACUCGAUUCGACAACUGGUCUUUGGGCCCCCGAGGUGAACGCAUGACGGCUCGAACGGCAAUGUAUAAUGGACCUGGGCAAUGCUCCGUCUUCAGACCAUGGCAAGGCUGGCUUUCCCUCUCGCACACCGGCCCCAAUGAAGGUACUCUGCGCGUGCUUCCCAACCUGAAGGAGGCCACGGCGUACAUUGUGAUGCGUCCCUUCUUCGAGGCAGUACGACCGCGCGAGGCGUGUGGGUCUACUGAGGAGUACCUCGACGCUGGCAAUUGGCGCUUCGAUGGGCAGUCGGCCCGAUUCCCAGGCUGCUCCCUUGGACAUAAUAUCGAGCUCUCCUCAGCCACGCACCCUCAUCUACGCCUGGAUUCCUCCAUGAUUUCGCUCUGCGACGUGCAGCCAGGUGACAUGGUGCUAUGGUCGUGUGACGCGGUUCACGCCGUUGAGAGCAGGCAUGCAGGACGGGGAGAUUCGUCAGUAAUGUACAUCCCAGCUAUCCCGCUCACCGCCAACAACUGGCGAUACGUCCGCGCUCAGGCUGACUGCUUCAAGCAGGGAAAACCACCGAGCGACUUCCCUCAGGGGCAGGGGGAGAGCAACUUCACACAAGCAGGGGGGAGGGCCAAGCCCCAGGACGUCAGCAAUGACAUAGCCCGCACAGCGAUGGGACUGGAAACGCCUCCAAAUGUCGAAACGGCAGACGAGGGGACGAAGAAGCUUCGAGCAUGGUGUGCUGGAGAAUAAAUGUGAAAAUGUAAUUCCGUGAGCAAAGCAGGCAGUGAUGCUAGGCAAAAGCUGAGUGACUAAUGGAUAUCAGAGCUGGG